CUCUCGCUCAGUAGCGGAACCGAGAGCUCCCGUUGUGCGGCGAAACCGACGGAACUCCCGUCGUCUGCAUUAAAAAAAAUUUUAAAAAUUCUGUACUUUUAAAGGAGUGUACACGAAGAACGCCCACUCUGGAGAUUAUACGGACCUACUGGGUAUGAAAGUGGAGUGGACGCUUCAAACAAAGUAUAAGAGGAGGUAGACCUGUACGUUUGAUGGCUGCUGGGGAUGGAGCCCAGCUGCCUGCCACAGUAGCGGCCAGCCGUAGCGUGGAAAAGGCGCUCGAGGAGGCUGCCACGAGCGGGGCUCUCAACUUGUCAAACCGUAAACUGAAGGAGUUUCCUCGGAGCGCCAAGAACUACGACCUGUCCGACAUAACACAUGCAGAUCUGUCAAAGAACCGCCUGUGUGAGCUGCCGGAGGAGUUGUGUCAGUUCAUCUCCCUGGAGACACUGAGCCUGUACCACAAUGGGAUGCGUUCACUGUCCUCCAGCUUCAGCAACCUGCAGGCCCUCACCUACCUCAACCUCAGUCGUAAUCUCCUGUCCAGUUUACCGCCGUCAGUGUUUCAGCUUCCCCUCCUGCGAGUGCUCAUCAUCAGUAACAACAAGCUGUCUUCACUGCCCACUUCCAUAUACUCCCUCACACAACUCAGACAGCUGGAUGUAAGCUGUAACGAACUGCAGCAUCUGCCCGCAGAGCUCGGUCAGUUAGAGUGUCUGAGAGACUUAAACCUGAGGAGGAACCGUCUCACCACUUUGCCUGAAGAAAUAUCCGAGCUGCCCCUUGUUAGGCUUGAUGUCUCCUGCAACCGCGUUUCCCAUGUGCCCUUGUGCUACCGUCACCUCAGGCAUUUGCAAAGCAUCUCACUGGAUAGCAAUCCACUGCAAAUGCCACCUGCGCAGAUCUGCUCCAAGGGAAAAUACCACAUCUUCAAGUACCUCAACAUGGAGGCCUGUAAGAGGAGCCAGGAGGAGCUGGAGAAACACCUGAGACCCACUGGAUUUAACAGCUGUCUGUCAGACCAGGAGCUGUUUACAAGUCAGUUAGGAGGGCUUGACUCUGGCUUCAACAGUGUUGACAGUGGCAGCAAAAGAUGGUCUGGGAAUGAGUCAGCUGAUGACUUCUCAGAGCGCUCGCUGCGCAUGACUGAGGUCAGCAGAGACCAGAUGAACCUGGAGGAGGAAGAAGAGGGUGGCUCUCACCUGGGAGCUAACAAAGUGAAUGGAAACUCUGAGCAAGUGGACUUUAUUGACAGCAGUGUGACAGAGGAAGAGGAGGAGGAGAUCAGGACGAAUCCAGUCACAGCACCUCCUUUGGAUCAGAAGGACAGAUCAUCACCAUUGCAAACCCAGAACUUAACAACAUGCAGAUCCAGCCUCCACAUUGAGGUGGGCCCUUCAUCUUCAGCUUCCUCGUCUCCACUGUCCCCAUCCAGCCCCACCCUGGAGGAGCGAAGGAGGCCUGGUACCUUGUUGAUCUGGCAGGAGAGAGAGCGGCUUCAGCAGCAGCAAAAGGAGAAAGCCAGUUUGCUGAAGUUAUCCACCAAAACAGGAAGUCAUGUGACCACUGCACAGCAGAUGGGAAGUAAUUCUUGUGGUACAUCACCAGAAAACAGCAAUUCACAUUCUGGCCUGCGACACAGAUGUGCAAGUGCCGACCAAAUGAGCUCUCCUUCAGUCCUCCUACAACGAUCAAGCAGCAAGACCGAAGUCCAGUCCUCCCCCAAGACGUCUCCUCCUCCUGGUCAGGCCCAGAAACCCAACAGUUUUCUGUUUCGCUCGUCCUCUCACAGCAGCGUCAGACCCACAGGGGCCGUCUUUUCUCUUGGUGAGUCUGGUAGAAGUGAGUCACGAACAACGCUGCGCUUGCCUAAAGAGGAAAGACCAGACAUCACUCAGCUACGCAAGACUCUCGAGUCCCGGCUGAAGCUCACUCUGCCAGAGGAUCUGGGUGAAACUUUGUCCAACGGCACCAUCCUCUGCCAGCUGGUGAAUCACAUUCGACCACGCUCUGUGUCAAUCAUCCACAUUCCUUCCCCGGCAGUGCCAAAACUGAGCCCGGCAAAGUGUCGACUUAAUGUGGAAAACUUCAUCGCUGCCUGUCGCAAGCUGGGAGUCCCUGAGACUGAAGUGUGUAUGUGCUCUGAUGUGCUUCUGUGUAAGCUGCCCAAUGUGCUGCGCUGUGUGACAGCCCUGCUGGCCAUGGAGGGGGAGGAGAUGGUGAAGGACCAGUCCCACUGCCACUCCUCACCUGCGGCUUCAUCAUUGUCCACCUCGCUGCUGUCUGCAGACUUCCUGCUCUUCUACUGUGCAGCCAUGGCGCUGCUCUACAUCCUCUGCUGCUACCUGCUCCCCUAAAGCAGCAACAUAGUGCUUGUUAACCUGUUACACACAUACAAAACACACAGAGAAAUCACUUAAACGGUGUGUGUUCAGUGUGAGAGUCUGUGUCUGUGCUCCUCAGCUGCACCGAGCGGAUGUAAAUAAACAUGUUUAAGAAACAGAAAGUGUUCCACUGAAGGACGAGCUGUAUGUGGGCAGAUAAACAGUGAAAUGCCUCAGCUUAGCUUAGCAUUCCUUUGGAGCAGUUUGGAGGAGAUGGCACAGUUGCUUGGUCUCAUUGGUUGAAGUAUAAAUACAUAGAAGUGAGUCCCCAUUGCACACUAUAUCAUCCAUACAUGCAUGCAUACAUCUGUGUACCUGGUGUAAACAUGAUGACUCUUCAGUUUUGAAUGCUAUUAUCACAGCAUAAAAAUGCACAUGAAUACGUGUGAAUAUGUGCUUUAUAAAUAUAGCUGAACUUAAAGCUUCGGCCCUUGGCUUUCCAUUGUAAACCAACAGAUUCAUUACGUGAUGCCAUUGUGCGGUAGCUUCAACUGUGAGUUGUGUUUACACAACAAGGCCACCAAGGUCAUGCAAACUCAUCUGCUGACUCAACAAAAGUGCUCCAAUUCCUUCUGAAUGUCAAAGCCUUUGACUUUAUUGAUGAUAAUCCGUCUGUUGAAGAAUCAGGCACCCCAAAAGUUCCUGAAGUUCCUCUGGAGGUUCAUGGAAAGCUGAGCUGUUCCAUUGGAAACGAGUAGAAGAACUGAGUUUCUGUGUUUUUCACUGAGAAAGAAAGAAGGCGGUUCUGUUUGUGACAAUGAACUCUGGGAAUGAGACACAGUCGGGCUGGUUUUUAUAAACUCCUGAGGGAAACAGACCAAUUGUCACAGUCUGACUUCUGUGUGUUUGUAAAUCUCAGGUUAGUUAAGUCGCUCACUGAAUAUCCUGGAAGAAUGUUGUAGGUAAAUGGAACGGCUCCUUGGAGAUGUUUUAUUUAGUUCUGCUCAUGAAUUGAGGCUGUUUUUGUGUAUAGAAGAUUAGAAGGAUGCAGGCAGAGGGAGAGAGAGGAGUUGUUGGGCCUGAACUGUGAAUGUGAUAUUUUUAGCCUUGUGACAGAUGAAAGUUAUUAUGCUUAUUUCUAGCUGCAUAUUUUUAUUGUUGGACUCUACUAGAGUUGCUUUGCAUGAUUCUUAGUUCAAAAUCCUUAUUUAUCCUAUACUGGGCCUUAAUGCUGCCCCCUGAGUUUCUCUUUUAAGAUCAUCCUUGCUCUAAACCAGCGUCAAUCUGAUUGGCUGCACUUCACAGGUGGUUUGAGCAGCAGGUGGCUGGAGCUGUGUCUGAGAACACUAUAAAGGAUACCUGCUUUCUUUGACCGCAAAGAGUAGAAACACUGAUGCUUUUGGCUCAUAUGCUGACCUCAUUAUUUAAUAUGAGCAUCCACCACUAGGACAUAUACAUAUGGCAUAAAAUAAUAAUGUUUCCCCAUAACAUUUAAACGCUGAUCCUGCAUAAUGUGAGCAGGUGAAACGGUGCCUGUUAUUGAAACUGACAACUUGUUUUUCUCUGUAACUGGGAGCAGCAGGGGGUAAUGUCAGUGCAUCAGUCUCAGACUGAAGGUACAAACCCCUCCAGGAGGGUGUGUGUGUGUGUGUGUGUGUGUGUGUGUGUAGUCUUUUUGUUGUUGCUGUUACUGUCACUGGUCUAUUUGACCAGCUGAUUGUAUAAAUGUAAACAGGUAAUUAAGUUAUUGCUUUAUUUAUUUUGUGUUCUGUUCUGUUUGGUUCUUGUUGUUUCUGUGGUAAAACAGCAGAAGCUAAAACAAGUCAGUGUCUUUACCAGCAGUUUUAAAGCUUUGUGAAGUCGGUGUGUUUAAAUCACUCACACAGGUAAAUUAGUGUUGAAUGAUUGAGAGUUAAAAUAACGCUGAAGUUUCUUAAUUAAUUUGUAGUGACAGAUGUGAUUCCCUCAAAGUCGUGUUGAGCAGGUCGGUGAACAUUUUUCAGCCUCUGCUGUUUCUACACUCUGCCUCCGGCUCGCUGCUCACAGAGGAGCAAACCAAAAAGCCUGGAAACUCAUUAACACGCUUAUCUAAGCCAUGUAGGGUUAAAGUGGCUGAUAUCAGCAGUUGGAUUUGGGGGAUUCAGGCUGCUAAAGUUGAGAGCAGUAAGAGUUUGUGGACAUGAACAACAUUCAGAACACUACAGCUGAAACAAAGUGUACCCAGUUGUGCCUGCGCUGCCUACAUGCAGGGUUCCAUAUCCAGCUUCACCCGUUACAGCCAGCAGCUGAAUACUAUUUGGUCUUUUAAAUAAUGAUGAUGAGCAUGUUAUGUUUCACAUCAGCUCUGAAAUAUUUUCCUUAACUUGCGCUGUGAGUAGUCAGUGUAAUUGGACAGGAGAAGGACUCCAGCUGUUCAUAUGGAACCCAAAUAUAGUGAAGUGCAUUGCAACAAUAGUCCUAAAAAACUUUUUGACCUUUUGGCUUCAUACGUGCCAACAUUCAGAUGUCCUUAAUAAAGCCAACAUGUUUCUUUCAUGUCAUUAUAAGCACAAUUAAAAGUCCUUCUAUUUCAUUCACUUUUCACAACUUUGCUGUUACAUUAUGUCCCCAAGAAAUGUAUCCAGUUGGCUCCAUGAUCACAAGGAAAAUAAAGCCAACCUAUAUACCAGAGCUAACUAUUAUAUAGCAGUAAACUAACACAUCCUCCUAUUUGGCUUAACCAAACUGUGCACGCACACAAGGCAGUUAGCUGCCAAGUAAGUUAGUUUUUCCAUAAGCAGAGACUGUUUUAUUUGUUCCAGUUUAGAAAUAAAUGCUGCCACAGGAACUUUACAGCCUGAAUAAGCUGGUCUAAGCAGUCAGUAAAGCAGGUGGGAUGCACUGCCCUUUGUAAGCUGAAUAAAAGGAGACGUCUCUGUGCUGUAACAAGCAGGCGUUUGUUGGUUUCUUCAUGAUGACUGGCACCGGUGCUCUAUAUAACAGGAACAAACUGCUAAAAUGAAACUAUGCAGUUUAAGGCCCGUCUGUUGUUUUAGCUUUAGCUUUACCUAAAGGCUGACUUUAGCGUGACGGCUGAGUGAUACGUGUGUGUUUUGUGAGCAGGCUGAUGAGAUGACAUCAGACCAGCACACAUGUAGAAAAAUCUAUUUGUGUGUAGAGCAAUGUGUAGUGUGGACCUUCUGGCUCACAGGGAUUACUUUUACACAACUUCACUGCUUUUAUUUGAGGCUUUUCCCACAUUUCAUUUGCACCUCUGAUAUUGCAACCUUACAUGGGUCAGCUGGAAAUUAUUUACAUAAAUUAUUGGCUCGUAUAUAUUUUACACACUGUAUUCAGGAUUAUCUCAAAUUUAUUUAAUGUGAAACACAUUUGGGCACCCGAAUUAGAAGCCAUGGCUGUAAAUUUUCAGUGUAGUUUUUAAUUACUUAAUUUACCACCUAUGUGACAAACUUCUAAACACUAGAGAACUCCCACUUUGUGGAUUUGUGAUUUCAUUUGGAGAGCUCAUGGAGCUGUAGAAGAAAAAUGUUAAUGCUGUAAACUUUUUUAGCAUACAGAAGACUAGCAUUCAAGCAUGCUUUUUUGGGUCUAGAAUUAGGUGUAAAUAAUGAUUUUUAGAUGUUUCUAUUCUUUAAAGAUCACUUCUGGUGUGCCCCCCUGUGAACUGCAGAGAAUUUAAAUACGGUGGGAUUAACGGCAAGUUGAGCGGCUUUCUGAAGUUGGGUCUGGUUUAUAGAUGGUUGGUUUUUGUCUGUCAGUUUCAUGCUGAGAGUUAAAAUGCCCACAGUAAAAACCUCCCCACUCAUGACUGACAGUUUUUUAUUAGCCUUCUGUUAAAGCGGGAUACAUGCUGUUUCAGUUCAGAUGUAUAUUUUCUAAGUGAGACUUGGCUUAGACCAAGAUAUAUUCUUAAAAGAUAGUGAAACCAAAAUACUGUUGUAUUUAUAUUUAUAUAAUACCUUUUACUGUUAAUAAUUUGAGUUCAUAUAAAUCUAUAUGUUUUUGUUUUUCCCUGUUGUAAUUAAAUGAUU